AUGUCAACUGUACCUGAAUAUAUUGCCAGCAAUUUAAAGACUGUCAUCUCCGAGAGAUUAAAGGUUGUUCCUAAUUUCAACGAAGAUGUUAACCAAGUCGCUGAGUAUAUUACACUUUUAAUGUCCAACGGUUCCAGCGGUCCUGAUAUCGUACAAGAAUUGACAAGUUUGUUUGAUGGUAUUAGUACGCAAGAGUUCCAGAGUGUUGUCUCCAUUGCAUUUACAUCUGCAGAUCUGUUGAAAGCAGGCGAUGACUUGAACACCGUUUAUGCAAAGUUGAGUGGUAAUUCAUCUCAACCUUCUUCAAGUGCACCUUCUGCACCUGUGUCAACUGGAACCGAAACAUCUGUAGGAGUACCAGUACAGUCACCACCCGUUUCUGCUCCAGCUCCAAGUGCACCGGUUUCUGCAUUUAGCGGGGUAGUAGAUGUGUCUGCAUCUAAAUAUAAUACGGCUAACGAAGGGAGGUCUUCGCAACGUAACAAAGAUUCAUCGGCCCAUAAUGGGACUUCUAGACGUGGUGGUUUCAGCUCCAUUAGAGGUGGAAUUUCAAAGAGUGCUGGUGUUACCAAUAGACGUGGAGUUAACUCGAGAUACGGUGCUAACCAACUGGCGAUGGCUCUUGGAAUAAAUGAAUCGGAAGGCGCAAAUGAAACAUCUGGCCAUGUUGUCAUCAAGAGAGAAGGCCGUUGUCCUGAUUUCCCUCACUGUUCUCUAGGAAGGAAGUGCCCUCGUGGACAUCCAACCGUUACGUGUCCAAGUUAUCCAAACUGUAAAAAUCCACCAGGUACAUGCACUUAUUUACAUCCAAAUGAAGAUGGACAAUUAAUACAAGAACUAGAGCGUGUAAGAGAAGAACGCAGGAUAAAGAGGGAAGAGAUGGAAAAGAAACAACAGCAAAGGAUCAGUGGUAUUGUUGUAUGUAAAUUUGGGAUCAUUUGUUCUAAUCAAAAAUGUCCAUUUGGUCAUCCAACUCCUGCAAAUGAAGACGCAAAGGUUACCCAAUUCAGUUGGUGCGAGAACAACUUGCAAUGCACUGAUCCGACCUGUAACAAGGCUCACAGUUCCUUAUCCAAGAUUAAGGAAAUAAAACCAAUCAUACACAAGCCAGCACCAAAACCGGUCAUUUCUAAACCUUCUAAUCCAAAAUUCGCGCCAAGAUCGGUUGUCCCAUUGGAAGAAAAGAUUUUGGAACAAUGUAAGUUUGGUCCAAAAUGUACCAAUAAAAAUUGUCCAAAGAGACACGCAAGGUCGUCAAUCAUGUGCCGCGAGGGUGCGCAAUGUACAAGAAUAGACUGCCUCUUCGGUCACCCUAUCAAUGAACCUUGUAGGUACGGGGCUGAAUGUAGAACAUACGGAUGUUUAUUCCAGCAUCCUCCAGAAAGGGUAUUGCCUGAAAAGCCAAAAAAGCCUGAUACAGAAAACACCAACGGUAUUUGGUUCAAUCCGCAGCUGAUUGGAAGUGGAAAUUCCUCGAGUAACGAGAGACCAUUUGCUGUACCAGAAUCUAACGUACAGUCAGUUCAUGCUGGACAAGAAGUAGAUGGCGAUGCUAUGAUGAUGAGUUAA